AAUUCAUUUUCUUUUUUUUCUUUUAAUAUCAUUAUAAACAUAUACAGUCUACUCCACUUAACAAUGAGAACAGUUUUAACAAGGACAAGGUACCGCUUACAACGUACAUUCUACUGUGUCCCGGCCUUUUUCCAUCUAUUUUCCUUUCAUUUUUUAUCGUUUAUAAUGAGAUCGUUUCGGUUUUAGUGAGAUAUCGGUUACAACAUACAUAAUUUCGCUGUCCCAUGCAUAUUUUUCAGAAUUUUAACGAGGUCACUACAUUUGCACUUCAUUUGCACUUCGUCUGCAUCAGUUUGUCACCUUGAGAAAAACCAUGAUGACCAAUAAUAAAGGUCAAUUAAGGAAGAAAUGAUUGAUGUGGGACGAGAUAAUGGGUCAAGCAAUUAGAAAUCAAAUGUGUCAGCUUUGUUUUUUCUGCACUCCGGGCUAAAUUGUCACAAGAAAGGAAGCGGUUAAUGUCUUGCGGUGUUAUUCGCUGUUCGUGAGAAAUGCAACGUUUUCGAAACAAAUUUUAAAAUGUACAUAUUAAUGAAAAAACACACGCGGUUAGACCUAGGUUGUGUUUUCAUGUUUUGUUGAAAUUCGAUGAUAGCUAGAUAUAUUUAUAUACAUGCAUAUUUAAAUAAAACAAAAACUUCUGAUUGCAAAGAGUUACCUCCCAUUAUAUACUUUUCAAAAAGGAUGCACACGAAAGUAGAAAUUAAUGAUGCUGGACAGUGUCGGAUUUCCCCAAUUUGUUCUGUCCCGGUUAUAACGAGACUCGGUUAUAACAAGGAAUCAUCCGAAGUCCCAACGAUCUCGUUGUAUCUGGAGUGCACUAGAGAUGUAUGUAGAUCAAACCCAUCAAGUAAGCCAACACCAUGUCUACAAGGUCAUACCUCUAGAACCUCUCACACCUCUACAGCUGAGGACAAAUCUAAAAGUGGACAGAGGGAUAGUAUGAAUGCUUCAGUGAAAUUAAGGAGCUCAGGUUCUAACAAGCGUAGUAGAGCAGUGCAACACAGAGGUACUCCAAUGUGCAAUUUUACAAGUUUUUCCAGACAGUGAUUACAGCGAGGCUUGCAAUUGAAGACUACUGUACACAAUUUCUUAACAAAUCCAAAAACAAAGCUGUGUAACAUACAACUAAGUGAUUCAAAGAAAACCAAACUACAAACAAGAAAGGGUCGAUUGAAUGGAGUGACAUUUUUACCCUGAAGCGUCCUAUUAAGAUAAAGAAAAUCUAGUCGUUUGUGCCACGGCACAAAAUUAUCAGACACAUAAGUAACAUUCAAGUAGUUAUGCAUUUACAUGGAGGAUAUGACAUAAUUGUAUUUUCAUAUUGAAUUUAUCAUAUAAGUUGCCAGUUGAUCGAACCACACACUUAAUUGCCAACAUGGUUGGAAGGGUCUUAUUGUCCAAGCUGCAAAGAGUGUAUGCCCUUAUAAACUAGCUGGCACAGUUGUGUAUCAGUUGAUAUCAGUCUGUGCUGGUUGCAAAUUAAAUCCGAUGCUGUCAUAGAAUUAUAUGUUUUUAUUUAAUGUUUAUAGCAUCAAUAAAUUGAUAAUCUGAAAACAUAUUGCAAGUCAGGUUUUCAAGUAAAAUCCUAAUUAACUUUUAGAACAUUUUGCAUAAAGUAAGGUGAUAUCUCUAAGUUGUCAAAGAAAAGCUUUUGCAGCUCUUUAUAAUUAAAAAUGGCAUGGCACUUGUAUCUAUAGCUUUGUUCACCAUCCAAGUUAUACAUGUACUCAAAUUUUGUGACGUUUUUUAAUAUAUUUUUCCCCAUAUUCCUAGUACAGUAAUUUGUUACAUUUCUCUUUCCUCUAUCAUUCUUAGUUUUUGUAUUUAAUAUUUUCCAAGUGGUAAAUAAAAACAAUAAAAUUUCACAAUUAUUUAUAAUAUUUUAUUUACUUGUGUAUUUCAUGCAAUGAGGCUAAAAAUGUAAAAAAAGUAAUUUUUGAAGAAAUUUUUUUUUAAAGUUAGACCAGUGUUGCUUCAGCCAUCAAUAUGUUAACUUGUCAUGUAGUAUGUACACAAACAUACUGGGAGAAGAAACAGAUGUUUGGCUUAAUGAAAGUACAAAAUGUUUUUGCUUAUCGUUUUCCAAUGAGAAGUUACAAUGUACAAGGUUAAAUUACUUUUUUGGAUGAUGUUCUUUUCUGUGGAAAGACCAGGUGUUGCUUCACAAUUGUUUUUUUUUACCUCAUUAAUAUCAUUAUAUGUAAUUUCCAUUUUUGGCUUUUCGCUUGAUAUAUUGAUGUCCUGUGUGAGCAUCUAUUAGCAAUACAUGUAUCAAUGAGUGUCAUGAGUUACUUUUAAGACCAUAAAGUACAAAAUAAAACUAUAUUACAGCU